CGUGUCAUCGUUAUUGCUUUAUCGCACUAUCGUCAUCGUGUCAUCGCACCAUCGCUCUAUCGACUAGUACUUUCUAUAACCGGAUAACAUUCCCAGCAGUCAUUGCACAACAUGGCGUUUGUUGACGAAAAGAUUCAAGAAUAUUUCUUUAACGGAUACGAUAAUAAAGAAAUCAUAUUCCUUCUUUGGAGUAAUUAUGGUGUGAAAAUAAGCUGUAGACAUUUGAAAAGGCGCAUGACCAGACUUAAUUUGAGAAGACGGAGAUCAUACAAUGUGGAUAUGGCAAUAAGGGCUAUUCAGGAAGAAAUGAUGUUCAGUGGACAGACUCUUGGGUGUCGUUUGAUGAAACGAAGACUUCUUCAGAAACAUGGCAUCUUUAUAGGAAGGGAUAACAUGUUGUGUUUAUUGAGAAUAAUCGAUCCUGAUGGAGUUGAUCUAAGAACAAGUCACUGCUUGACAAGAAGAAUGUAUCUAAACAAUGGACCAAAUUAUCUUGCACAUGUUGAUGGGUACUACAAGUUGAAGCCAUUUGGCUUCGCUAUACAUGGUGCAAUGUGUGGAUUUUCAAGACGAAUACUAUGGCUUAAAGUUGCAAGAACAAACAAUGACUCCUUUGUUGUAGCAUCAUAUUUCUUGAAAUUCCUGGAGGAAAUAAAUAGUGCUCCAAGGUGUGAGACUUGAUGCUGGAACUGAGAAUAUAUACAUUGAGGACAUUCAAAAAUCCUUCCGUUGGUACGAUAAUGAUGACAUGUGUGGAGAAAAGAGUGUAAUCAAAGGAAGAUCAAUGUCUAACCAGAGAAUUGAACGCUGGUGGAGAACACUGAGAGAGAUGGGCAUCUCCUUCUGGAUACACUUGUUCAAAAACAUGAAAGGCCAAGGGAUGUUCUCAUCAGGAAAUAAAGAGCACAUGUAAGAAGAGAAAUAAAUUCUUUAUUUAUACUUAAAGAAUUUAUGUGAUUAUAACCUAUUAUGAUAUUUCUGCAUGCAAUUUA